AUGCUCAGCAAAACUAUUGUCGCAGCCCUUCUAGGCUUCGUAUCUCUGACCAAUGCUGCUAAGAAGUGCCCCGUUGCCGACGUUUCCGCCAUUGCCCACACUGGCACUCCAAUUGGCGAGGAGGUCAAGUACAAUGGGCUGACCCAAUAUGUCACCAAGCCAAGCACGCGAGGUAAUAGGACUGUUGGAGUCCUUUACCUGACCGACGUUUUCGGAAUCCAGCUCGCGCAAAACAAGCUCCUGUCCGACAGCUUUGCUCGCGCCGGUUACAUCUCCGUCGCGCCGGACCUGUUCAACGGCAGCCCCGCCCCGAACGAUAUCAACAUCCCCGGCUUCAACACGACGGCAUUCCUUGCGCAGCACGGACCCAACGUCACUGACCCGAUCAUCGCCAACUCCAUCAAGUACCUGCGCGAGGAACUCGGCGUGAGCAAGGUCGCCGUCACGGGAUACUGCUUCGGAGGCCGCUACUCUUUCCGCGUCCUCGCCGAGGGCAAGGGCGCUGAUGUCGGCUUCGCCGCGCACCCGAGUCUUCUUACCGAUGGGGAGAUUACGGCCAUCACUGGUCCCGCGAGUGUCGCUGCCGCCGAAACUGAUAACCUCAUGUCACCCGCUCGUCGUGCCGAGGUCGAGGCCCUCCUCAGUGAGACUGGCCAGCCCUUCUCCCUCGCUGUGUAUGGUGGUACCUCGCAUGGAUUCGGCGUUCGCGCCAAUAUUUCGGACCCCAGACAGAAGUUCGGCAAGGAGGAGGCUUUCUUCCAGGCUGUUCGCUUCUUUGACACCUGGGCUUGA